AUGCCAACAGAAUUUUGGACGCUAAUUUUGGCUGUUGAGCUUGGCCGAUGGCUAAACUAUGGCCAAUCGGCCAAAAAAUUCUUGGCUGCAGCCAAAUGCCAACUCUGGUAUAAGCCUGAUACUGUUCAUUUGCAUGUUCGAAUUGAUAUUGGUAUUCACGAAAUAGAACAGGGUUUCAUCUCGGAAGCUUUUUUUCUGCGCGAUCAUCCUAAUAAAGACCAAACACUCUGA